AACACGCUUGGUAACUGAAUCCCCCUCCUUUUUUUCACCAGCUACACACACGAGUUAGCUACAGACCUCGUGGUUUGUGAUUACUACACUGGUGCUGAUAUGUUAAAAAUGUGCACAUCCGAAAUCGAGGGAUAUAUCUGAUCGUUCUAUUCACACUUGUGUGUGUGAGUCAAACCGAUUGGUAUUUGUUUGUUAAGACACAUCAACAAAUCCCGCGCCUGACGCCAUUCCUUUUAACAGAAAAUUGAGGGCCGAAGCACAGAAGCGGGGGAAAAAAAUCCGUCUUCCUGACGAAGAUUUUUUUUCGCGGCAACUGCUAGUCUAGUGCCGUUUCCCGGUAAUUUGGAUUAACUUGUUGAAACGUUGACCUAACAAAUGGAUAAAACUAUUUUGUCUAAUCCAGAUGGAGACCCGGACGAGGGUCCAGGGAGUCGACUGAAGGCAGCUAGUACAAGAGGUCAGAACAUGAAAUAUGGUCAUCACUAUGUCAACGUUGGAGAGGAGGAUCAGAUGGAAAUCCACUCAUACCAAUUAAGUAAAAUGAAACUGUAUCUGACUUACCUUGGCUACUUGUGGACCGUUGGCAUUUUAAGACUGGUUUUCUACUGGCUGCCGCAUCUCAUGCUGUGGGCUACUCAUAUACCAUGUGAACUUGCCAAUGCUGAAAAAGUUUUGCUCAGGGAUCAGUACAAGUCGUACCAUGUUUGCAGUGUGAAAACCAUCACUAAAGAGGGAACAGGUGUGAAAAUACGAAGACCCAAAAAAGUUUUUUUCAAGAAAAUUUAUCAACAGGAGUCAUACACACUAAGACCUGAGAAAGAUGAGUCACUUAUUAGAUUCUUCAUUUGCAAAAGAGUGAAGUAUAUUUGGGAUCCAGAGUUGGCAUGCUAUAUUCCUUUGAAAGGUUUGGAUGUAGGCUAUAGACAAUCUUACUUUCACAACACUAAAGGUCUUACCAUAGUGGAACAGAGUAAAAGACGUGUUUUGUAUGGAGUCAAUUCAAUUGCUGUUCAUGUGACGCCUGUGAUAAUUCUUCUUUUUAAAGAGGCUCUAUCUCCUUUCUACAUUUUUCAAGUUUUCUCCAUGACUGUAUGGUACUUGGACCACUACUGGAUCUAUGCCACCUGUAUUGUUGUCAUGACAACAUUUUCAAUAACUGUCCAGAUUUAUCAAACAAGAAAGUUUGAGAGAGCCCUUAGGAAUACAAUAGCGUCCACAACUGUCACAACUGUGAUAAGAGGAGAUGGAACAUGUGAAGACAUUCCUUCUGAAGACCUUGUGCCAGGAGAUGUCAUUGAGAUUCCACGCCAUGGCUGUGAUAUGCAGUGUGAUGCUGUCCUCAUUACUGGCAACUGUAUUGUGAAUGAGAGCAUGUUGACUGGUGAGAGUGUGCCUGUGACCAAGACACCUUUACCAAACACAACAGGUAUGAAACAAGAGAAUGACCCAGAACUGACUAUGAAUAACCAUUCCCGGCAUAUUCUCUUUUGUGGCACUCAUAUCAUCCAAACCAGAUUUUAUGGAAAUCAAAAAGUCAAGGCAGUUGUAUUGAGAACAGGUUUUUCAACCUCCAAGGGUGAACUGGUUAGAUCAAUCAUGUAUCCCAAACCUGUAGACUUCAAGUUCCAGAGGCAUUCAUACUAUUUUAUAAUGGUCCUUGCUGCUGUGGCAUUAAUGGGUUUCAUCUAUACAAUAGUCUUAAUGGCUGAGCGUGGAGACUCUGUCACUGACAUCAUCCUAAGGUCCCUUGACCUUAUUACUAUCGCUGUGCCCCCAGCACUCCCAGCAGCCCUGGCGAUGGGUGUGGUAUUCUCACAGAGGCGACUCAAGCUGAAAAAUGUUUAUUGCAUUAGUCCUCGGGGAAUCAACAUAUCAGGGACAAUAGACACUGUUUGUUUUGAUAAGACUGGAACUUUGACAGAAGAUGGGUUAGACAUGCAUGGCGUGGUGAAAGUGGACAAGUGCCAAUUUGAGCCAAUCAUUAAAGAUAUGAAUCAACUCCCUAAUGAUCCGCUGCUUGCUUGUAUGGCUUGCUGUCACUCACUGACCAUCAUUGAGAAUGAAAUUAUGGGAGACCCAUUAGAUCUUAUUAUGUUUAAUGCCAGCAACUGGCAACUAGAAGAGCCAGGGGCAGAUGAAACAAGGUUUGACAUGAUGACCCCAACAAUAGUUAGGCCAAAGCUCACCAGUGCUGCAAAACGCCUAUCUACUGAUGAUGCUCUCUCUGGUGGAGAUAUUGGUAUUGUGAGACAGUUUCCUUUCUCAUCUUCACUGCAGAGAAUGUCAGUUAUCACCCGUAGACUGGGAGCUAAGAAUUUUGAUUUGUAUGUGAAAGGAUCUCCCGAGAUGAUCACUAGUCUAUGCAAGUCAGACACAAUACCCUUUGAUUUCCAACAAGUUCUUCAAUCCUAUACUCAGCAUGGAUACAGAGUUAUUGCACUUGCAUGGAAACAGCUACCAUCUAAAUUAAACUAUGUCAAGGUGCAUCGACUUAACAGAGAACAAGUUGAACAUGAUUUAACAUUUUUGGGUCUACUUAUCAUGGAGAAUCGGUUGAAGGUGCAGUCAGCCCCAGUUAUUUGUGAACUGAAUGAAGCUGCUAUCCGUACCAUAAUGGUGACAGGUGAUAACAUGUUGACAGCACUGAGUGUAGCCAGGGAAUGCAAGAUGAUUGACAAGACUGAUCGCAUCAUCUUGGUACAGGCCUACCCUCCUGUCUCUGGAGAGUCAGAUGUCACUCUAGAUUUUGUUUAUGCUGAUGACAGCAAUGCCAAAGUGGAGGAAGUGUUCGCUAUGCAGGACCAAAGAAUUCAAAUAGAUGAAGACAGCCAAAGAUUUCACUUUGCUCUAACUGGCAAGACCUGGGCUGUUAUACGACAACAUUGUCCUGACAUUCUGAAUAAAAUUGUUGUGAAAGGAACUGUGUUUGCACGCAUGGGUCCAGAUCAAAAAGGUCAACUUAUUGAAGUUCUCCAAAACAUUGGCUACUAUGUUGGCAUGUGUGGAGAUGGUGCAAAUGAUUGUGGUGCCCUGAAAACUGCUCAUAUGGGAAUAUCUCUGUCUGAGGCUGAAGCAUCUGUGGCUUCCCCAUUCACUUCGAAGACUCCUACUAUUGAAUGUGUACCUAAUGUUAUCAAAGAAGGCAGAGCUGCCCUUGUGACAUCUUUUGGUGUUUUCAAAUAUAUAGCUUGUUACAGUUUGACUCAGUUUACCUCAGUCCUAAUUCUUUAUUGGAUUGGUGCCAAUGUCACAGAUGCUGAGUUUUUAUAUGUGGAUUUGUUUCUCAUCACCACCUUCAGUAUUACAUUCAGUAGGACUGGACCUUACAAUGAACUGGUAGAAGAUCGUCCUCUUGUUAGUUUACUAAGUGCUAGCCCAAUACUUAGCAUUGUUGCUCAGAUGUGUUUGGUCAUCUCUGCUCAGACAUUUAUGUAUUUCAAUGUCAAGGAACAAGACUGGUUUAUUCCUUUCAAAGAAAAUAAUGAUGAUGACUACACUUGCCAUGAGAAUGCAGCAGUAUUCCUAAUCUCAGCCUACCAGUAUAUUAUCUUAGCUAUCACAUUUGCCAAAGGUGCUCCAUUCAGGAAGUCUAUAUUUUCUAAUUGGUGGUUAAUGAUCAACUUUGUGGUGGCUCUGGGAGUGACUAUGUGGCUUACACUGUAUCCUACGGAACCAGUUGCUGAUGUACUUAAUCUUGCUAUUCUGCCAUCCCUCAAGUACAGAGCAUUCUUUAUUGGUGUGGCCUUUAUUCAAUUUGCACUUUCCUAUGUUGUGGAGAAAUUUCUUAUUGACAAUGAAACUUUACGACGGAGAGUGUCCAACUGUCUUAAAGGGUGCCUACCUUCACAAGAUUUGGCUUAUCACAAGAUUGAGUCAGAAAUUGAAAAGGAUCCUAAUUGGCCACCAGUGUCUAAAAAGAAGGUGGACCUAGCUGAAAUCUUCCAACGGCAAGAAAAUAUGCACAGUCCACAAAACUUGGAGGAAAUGAAAAAUUCUCUUGAAGAUGUCCUUAGUUCUGACCAGGAAGAUGAGAAUGAUCAGAAUGAACAAUUAAUUCAGAAAGAAACAUCCUUCUCUGACUUGGCAUCUGGAUCUCAUCGGAAUUCUAAAAGGUUGCGGCAUGACUCUGCUGCUGAUAAUGUAGUUUUCUCUGAUUAUGGUGACAAUUACAACACACCGUUAUAGCAUAGUCCUCAUCUUGUCUGUUCUCACUUGUCAUGUUUUUGUACAUAACUUGAUGACCAGCAUAUCAAUGCAGUUGAAUGUCUCCAAUAUUUUGUUUUAAAAGAUGAAGCAAAGAAGAUGAACAAAUAAGCAUAUUUUUUCUAAAUGACUUUUACCUCCUUCAUUUGAAAUCUGCAUUCUAUGUAAGUUUGUGAAUGCUGUGCUAUCAUUGUAUACAUUUCAAUCAUGGGUGAGUAUGUUUGGGACAGGAAUGGUUUCACAGAACAUCAUUUCACCUUGUUCUCUUUCAGUGAAUAUUUAGUGCAAUGUAUACAACUUGCUUUCAUAGAUUAGUGAACUUUUGUCUUAGAAAUCCGUCAGAGUUGAGAGGUUUCUAUUACAUAUUUUACCAGUCAAUAAGUAAUAUUUUGUAUAUAGCUUUUCUUUGUAAAACUAUUUGAUUUAUUUAUUUUAACUUUAAUCUGUAGGUUCUAUCCAAUUUGUUCUACAUUUGUUUUAAAAUUUCAAGUUUGUAUAGUUAGUUCUCCUGUUCUUUUAAAUUUUCUGUACUCUAUUGCUUGUUUGCAAAAUGUACAGAUGAUAAAAACAAAUUAUGAAUUGUAAAAGUGCUAGUGUAUAACUGAACUCAUUUUUAUUUAGUUCAUUAUUGGCAAAAUGUUUAAGAUAACAACUUGUAGGCUAGUAAAACAGGAAAAAAAAAAACUUUUCAUACAAUUUUCUCCUUCAUUGUUAUUGCCUCUUCUUUGGUCAAAUUGUAUUACCAGACAAUGUGCCAUAAAAGGAUUCAAUAAAGAAAAGUUUAAUCUUGCUAACACUCAUCAACUAUAUUUAUUUGGAAACAUUAAGUUAGCCUUCCCUUUGUCUUAAUUUUUUUUUUCAUUUUAUCUUAUUCCUCAAUAAAUCUCUAUUAUUUAUGACUUAAAAAUCAACAUAAUGUUGCAAAAAAAAAAAUCUAAUUUAUUUUUCGGAUUUCAUCAUUGCGAUCAUUCGCCUUUUUAUCAUACUUACUUGUUAGAUUUCAAUGCAUUCAUUAUUUACAUCCAUUUUUUAUUUAUUGAAACAACAUUCUACUAAAUGUACAUAGCUCAACUCUACCAUUUAUAAAUAUCAAUUUUGUUGUGUAUUUAUGAGUCUCUUCAAGUCAUUUCCACAUUGUGCCUGAUUAUGAACAGGAAACACAUAUUUUUAUUUGCCAGUGAGCAUCUUAACAAACCAAAAACAACAAUAUAUGCAAGAAAGGACUGCUUAUCGUGCAUUGGAAUAACAAUCCAUCAUACUUUAGUCUGAAAGAAUCUUACAAAGAUGUCAGUUAGAUAGUGCUUUUUUUUUAACUUCAUAUGGAUUUAUAAUUUUUUUAAUUUUUUUUUUAAUGCUGUCUGUAAAAAGUUAUUUUACAUAAUGAAAUUGGUAAAAAAAAAAAAGUUAGUGUUAGAUGUAGUGAUAGUAAUAUGAAUUUUUCUAGACAGCUGUUUUUUUUUAUGAAUUUUAUGCAUAAAUCUAUUAUUUUAUUCUUAUAGCUAUUUACCAGAAAAGAAAAAGUGCAAUUGCAAAAAAAAAAACCAGAAGUUGAGUGGAUUGUAUGUAGUUUUGUGAGUACAUUUGGACAAACUUCUCUUGAUACUGGUUUAAUCUGGCUGGAUUCCAGAUUCCUAAACUGCUCUGACAAAUUUCUAUCUGAAGACAAGGCCAGAUUGCCUUGUGGCAUUUUUGUACAUGUCAUACCCAGCUACAGUUCAAUUGUAUUAUUUUUUCUUUAACCUGGAAUUAUUUUUGAGUAAACAUAAGACUGUUUAAAACUCCCUUCAUUUGUAAGUGUUAGCCUAUGUUUACCCUGAUCAGUAGUAGAUAGUAAUUAUAAUGUGAUACAUUAUGUAAUAUGUCAAUGUUUUAUGUUAUUAGCUUAAUUGAAUAGUGGGCACUUCUUUUAUCAUGUGAUAGAGAAUUUUUAGAUACUAUUUAUAUUCAGUGUUUUUUAGUUGUUGUUGUUUUUUUUCUGACAUUCUGUUGGUGUCAGAACAAUACCAUCACUGUAUAUUUUUACUAUAAAAAGUUUUUAAGCCAUUUAGGCUGCAUAUUGUUUUUAAUAGUUAUGAUACAGAUAAAUUAAGUCAUGAUUAGCAGAAAGGCACCACAUGACCCAUUGAGUGCCUGUCUAAUUCUCUGUAUUAUUUAUGCUAAAUGGACUUUUAUUACAAUGAUUUUUCUCUCAUUUACUUUAUUAAGCUUUAGAAAAUGGAAUUAUAAUAUGAUUUCUGUAAUAAUAUAAAUUAAAUAUGAUACAGUUUAUGAUAUAAAACAACACAAAAAAAGAACCCAGAUCAAUUUUAAGUUUAUACAUUUCAAAUACUUAUAUUUAUUUGUACAAUGAUAAACAUCAAUAUUUAUAGAAUCAAUUUAAUACAUAUAUUAUUGUUUUCUCUACAAGUGAUUCAGAACUUGUUCACUGAGAGGCACUGGAAGAAAAACAUUUUAUAUUUACAACAUAAAGAUCAAUACCAUUCUUUUUUAAGGUCUACUAAGCACUAAACAUUUUACUAGUCUUUUAGACUUAUUGUAUCCACACUUUGUAUAAUUAUUUUUGUGUGUAAAAUUAUUUUUUUAGAUAGAUUAUUUAGUGAAUAUUUUGCCUACAAAUUUCUAAUAAAUAUUAUCUACCUGUAUUUAUUCAUUAAAAUAUGAAGUCUACAUUAAAAAAAAAAAGAUAAGAGGGUAUGAAUCUAAAGAGAUUUACACUUGUCAUCAGAGCUACAUUCCAAUAGGAACAACCUGAAGUGCCUAAACAUCUCACAUCACUGUGUCUCACUCUUCAUUCUUAUUAACAUUUAUUAUGGUUCUUGUCAUGUAUUUGUAGAUAAUUGCUAACCUUUGUGGAUAAACUCUAGUUUUGUUUGUUAUCCUGUUCAAGUUUUGUGUAUAAACAAAGUUUGACCUUUAAGCCUCUCAUAUUCCUAACUGGAGACUUGAAUGUCCAGUUAUUAAAAAGUCCAUAGAAAAAGAGAAUUUUUUUUUCAGAGAAACUUUCAUACAACAUUGCAUGCCCACAAUAUUUGUGUUUGUAUAUAAUAAUAGUAAGCAUUCAAAAGUAUUUAUUUCUUUUAAACUUCUUUGAAGUUUUUUUUUUUUUUUUUAAGAUUUGUAUCCAUAUUAGCUUUGUGUUGAUCUACAAUGUUCUGUGCCCAAAUUUCAGAAAAAAAAGACGUAAUCAUUAGUCAAGUUUUAAACAUGUGUUCUUGAUUUGCAGAACAAUUUAUUGAUUAGCCACCAAUAUAUUUCUCUUGAAAUGUAGAUACUUUCUAACUAACUGGAUGGCUGCUGGGUGUGUGGUAUGUGCUCUGGAAUGUGUAGUGAUAGUCCUGGGUUAGAACCCUCACUGCUGCCGUCCUGGGAUAGGUUUGAGCUUGGGUGUAAUAAUCUUCAAAUUUAAAAGAACAUUUGAAACAUAAAAGAAAAUAACUGCAUGGUUUUAAUCAAAGGAUUUCUAUAAAGGAAUCUCUUUCAUCACAGAAAAAAAAAGACAUUAUUUAAAAAAUCUUUGUAAAGCUUCAUGCCGUUUACAAUUUUGUUGUGCUUUGGGGUCACAUUAGAUGUAUACAUUGGGAUGUUUUAAAAAAAAAGGAGAAAAGUUCCCCUUUCAGACCUUGCGUUCUAUGGGGCAGAUGAUGUAGAGGUCAUCUGUUUCUGUGGCCCACGGUUAACUAGGAUGUCAUGUGGCAACCAACCACCUUUACUUUUUAUUACAAUUAAUGUCAGGUACCCAUUAGAGCUGGGUGGACUCAGAGGCACCCUAGAUAUCCCAAAAGUAAAAAUCCUCAACAGGAUUCAAAACUGGGCUCUCCCAGUUUAGUAGCCAAGCACUUUACCACUCAGCCACCACACCUCUCUGUUAUAGAUAAGUACAUGGCAAAGUCUUCUGAGGUCUAACCAACUCUAGUUUAGUAGUACCCAAAUUGAUAUUUCAAGCUUAGCUAUGCUUGUUUAAUUUAAUUUGAUGGAUGUUUUAUUUCUUGUGAUUUAGAUGAACAAGACCUAAUUUUUCAUACUUGUUUAAAGUCAAUGUUUUCUUUGAAUUGCAUACAUAAUACAGUCUAGGCUUGUUACGAUGACCUAAAGAUGCUGCCCUCCUUGCCUCUUAACAUCUAAUGCCUUGAAGAAUAAAAAAAAGUCCAGCUUCACAAGAAACAUUUUCUAGCCAUCUAUUUUGCCUCCUACUAUGUCAUUGUGAUUGGAACACUAGGUCAUUGAAUGAGACUAGACUGUAAUAUAUUUCGUAAUGUUUGAUUUUUAAUAAAUGAAACAAAAGUUGGAUGUUUUAGUGCUGAAACAAAUACUGAAUAAAGUUACAUGCCAUAAAUGUUAAUUAUUAAAUACAUAUGAAUCAUGCAGUCCUUAUUGCAAUGUCUAAGUUAUUAUGCUUAGUAUAAAAUAUACUUACAGGAGGAAGGCUUGCAGAAAGAAUGAUGAAAUGAAAACAAAACAAUUCUAAAUGUUUUUUUUGUUUUUUUAACACUCACUAUUGAGCUGUAAAACUUUUUGCAAACUUGUUUCCUGUAUGCAUUCCUUCAUAGUAUUAUUUCAUUGAUCACUUAUUGAAUGGAAUGGUCAAACUAGGGUUGUGUCAAGAUACUUCUCAUUUUGUCUUGCGCUUUCUAGAUCCAAUGGUCAUCUAGGCCAGGGGUUCUCAACCUGGGGGUCGAUUGACGAUUUGCCAGGGGGUCGCCUAAGACCAUCGAAAAUGUGGAUUGUUAUUGUCUACUCUUCUAUUGCUGUGUGUGUGUGGGGAGGGGGGUCGCGGCAGAGUGGAAGAUUGUAAAAAGGGGUAGGCAAGCACAAAAGGUUGAGAACCUCUGAUCUAGGCUGUUUAAGUGUUUUGCUUGUCUAUUGUAUGUAUUAAUCUGAUGCUUAAAGAUUGGAAAUGACAUAAUAAAUGCACUUCUUAUGUGUAUUUUUGAAUGGAUUUAAAACAUAUUUAUGUUUUUGGAAAGGUUACCUACUUUUGCACACGUUUGGAUACUACCUGUGUUUGUAUACUCAUGGGUUAGUUGUAAUAAGAUUGUGGUUGUCCACUUGGAAGAUUUGAGAAAGCCUUAAACCUAAGUGGUCUACUUCUGGUGACCCUCCACUUCUAGCCUUGUCUUCCCUCAAUUACCUACAACCCCUUUGUGCUCAUUUAAUUCAAUAGCAUUUGUCUCUUUCAGCUGCCAUUGUUUACUAUGGCUGUGUUUGUGUUAUGUGUGUGUGUGGUUACUUCUUCCCAGUUGUUAAAAGGCAUAGCCUAAUUCAUGUUAUUAUUCUUUUCAACUUACUGAAUGUAGGAAGACAAAGGGACUGUUGAUCUCACUGAAAAAGUUGGACAAGCUCUGACCACCAGAUGUUUGCCCCUUUUUAUUUGAACUAAGUUCACAACUUAUUAUUUGUGAUUGUUCAUUUAAUGUGACUGUUGUGAUGAUAUUAUUUGUAUAUGCAUCGGUUUGUUUGUGGUUAUAGUUCUUGUCUGAUGUUGACAGUAUGUCAACUGUAAAAGAUUGAUGUCUAAAUAUAAAUGUCCGAGUCCUAUCAAUGUGAUGCUAUUUCAUUUCACUAUAUUUGUGGUUCUUGUAAUAUGUCAGUUUAUAUAAUUAUAAAGGACUUCUCUCUAAGUAGGUUGACUAGUUGUUAAGAUGUAGAAAGCUUGUCUAAUUUAUUCUUAUUCUUACAUUCUCAGUUUUAGUUCCUUCUAUUUAUUUGUAGAACUAUGUCAAUGUAAUGAUGUCCUCAAUCAAAAUGUGUGCCCUAAUAGUUUCAAAACAAAAUGUUUUGGAUGAUGUAUCAUAGAAAAUAAACAAUCUCAACUUGC